CCUAUUUGUCCGGACUCUCCUGAUGUCCCGACUGUGCAAUUCAAGCCUGUCAGCCCUCCACCUGAACUUUGGCCCCUGGAGGCAGGGCAGUCAGCUGAGGGAGGUCUAGCCCCAGCCCAGAUUCCGAACAGCUUGACUGGGCUGGGGAACUGCCAACCUGCCCCCGUCAGCUGAAAGUGCCUGGGGCUGUUUCCCUGCUGCUGGUACAGACGCACAAAGGGAGCUAGAGCCCCGCCUGCCUUGCCCUCGGGGCUGCCCGCCCCUUUUCUGAUCCCCUUUGUGGGGGAGAGACUAGGCUGACCAGGACGCAGACUACAUCUCCCAGCGUGCCUGACAGAGUGGUAGCCCCUGUGCGUCGGCUGCACCGGGUCGCAGGCCACAAUGCAGCGGGCAGUGAGCAUGGUGGCCCGCCUGGGCUUACGUGGGCAGGCGCUUCCCUCGGUCCCGGGCCGUCGGUCCAGUGGCACACAGGACGUGCUCCGCAGGACACCGCUCUACGACUUCCACCUGGCCCACGGUGGGAAGAUGGUAGCGUUCGCGGGCUGGAGCCUGCCCGUGCAGUACCGGGACCGCCACGUGGACUCACACCUACACACGCGCCGGCACUGCUCGCUCUUUGACGUGUCCCACAUGCUGCAGACCAAGAUAUACGGUUGUGACCGGGUGAAGCUGAUGGAGAGUCUAGUGGUUGGAGACAUUGCGGAGCUGAGGCCAAACCAGGGGACACUGUCGCUGUUUACCAACGAAGCUGGGGGCAUCUUAGAUGACUUGAUUGUGACCAACACCUCUGAGGGGCACCUGUAUGUGGUGUCCAACGCCGGCUGCUGGGACAAGGACUUGGCCCUCAUGCAGGACAAGGCCAGGGAGCUUCAAAACACGGGCAGUGACGUGGGCCUGGAGGUGGUGGAUAAUGCCCUGCUAGCCCUGCAAGGUCCCACGGCAGCCCAGGUGCUCCAGGCCGGCGUGGCAGAUGACCUGAGGAAACUGCCCUUCAUGACCAGUGCCGUGAUGGAGGUGUUCGGCGUGUCCGGAUGCCGCGUGACCCGCUGUGGCUACACGGGAGAGGAUGGUGUCGAGAUCUCCGUGCCAGCCGCAGGGGCAGUCCGCCUGGCAACAGCUCUGCUGGAAAACCCCAAGGUGAAGCUGGCAGGGCUGGCGGCCCGGGACAGCCUGCGCCUGGAGGCAGGCCUCUGUCUGUACGGGAGCGACAUCGACGAGCGCACCACACCUGUGGAAGGCGGCCUCAGCUGGACGCUGGGCAAGCGCCGCCGAGCUGCCAUGGACUUCCCCGGAGCUGCGGUCAUCGCCUCCCAGCUGAAGGGCAAGGUGCAGCGGAGGCGCGUGGGGCUCGUGUGCGAGGGGGCCCCUAUGCGGGCGCACAGCCCCAUCCUGAGUAUGGAGGGCACCGUGAUUGGCACUGUGACCAGUGGCUCUCCGUCACCCUGCCUGAAGAAGAACGUGGCGAUGGGUUACGUGCCGCUGGAGUACAGUCGGGCAGGUACCCCGCUACUGGUGGAGGUGCGGCGGAAGCAGCAGAAGGCUGUGGUCAGCAAGAUGCCCUUUGUGCCCACACACUAUUAUACCCUCAAGUGAGGAUGGCCUGGGCCCAGGCCUUCUGCUGGAGGGCAUUCUACCAGGGGCUAGGCAGGAAGCCGAGACAGAACACACUGGAGGGUGGGGGGGCUAGGGCGCAGGGGGCUAGUUGAGGGAGCCCCACCACCUCAUCCUGUGCCACUUCAAUGUCAAGACCAAUUUCUCAGUGAUGGACCAGCUCACCCAAUGCCCCCGUUUGAGCCCACGGCCCCGUGGACCCCACUCUUGUUGGCCGGGCUGUGAGAAGCAUCAGUCCUGGCACUUCCGCUCUGCCAGGUGCUGGCUGUGCCACGAAGGCUCUCCUUUGGGAGGCUAACGCCUGUCCAACCUACCUCACCACAGCUGCUCACGCUGCGAAGGGUCAUUACCUGGGGCCACCUCCUCCAGCUGCCUCUCCCUGGGCAGGAGUGAGUCACAGGGGGUUGGCCCGGGAGGGCUGCCGUGCCUGUGUGUGAACCGAGGGCGCGUGGACUCACUCUUCCACAUUCUCAAGUCGGCCCAGCAGCACACCACGCCGGGCUCACCACCUGUUCUGAGCCUUGGGGCUGUUGUAGGGCAGACUAGGCCCUGUCCUGCACUUGCCUUACCCUGGGCUGACCUUCGCCCCUGCGGGCCAUCACUGGACUCCACUGACUCCU